GAGGAUACCCGAUAAUUUUUGAUCCUAGCAACUAAAAGUGGUACAUACCGGGAUUUUGAGUUAAGUAGUUCAAGCAACGUCUAAAAGCUCAUCUCGAAAUUUUUCAUCACCCGGUUAACAUCUUCCAUUCAUUGGGUUAACGAAAUAGACAAGGCUUAACUGGUCAUCUCAUCGCAAGAAGAACCCCUGUCCAAGACCUUUUAUAAAUUGAUUGAUAUAAUAACAGGUGACUCCCAUAUAAAGUUAAGUACAGAUAACAAUGUCAGAAGUGGAAUUCCCAUCUACCAAAGAGGAAUUGGUGGCCAGACAUAAAAAAGAAGCUAAAGAUUUAAUAGCAACUAUUACUGGAUUAAAAAAGCAAGCAACCAAAAAGACGAGAAAAAAUGUAAUGUCAAAAUGUCAGGAACUUCAAGACCAACUAGACAAGAAGCAAAAGGAAGAAUUAGCAAGCUUUGAUCAAGAUAAUGUGAAUGUUGACGAUAAAGGCGCAGUCAAUGAUGAUUCGAUUACUCCAGAAUCGUUAUUAGCUCAAUUGGAUCUUCAAAAGGUAUCACAAGAACCAUCUUCAUCAGAAGUCAACGUUACUCCUCAACAAACAAAAGGGAAAAGAAAUCGUCAAAAGGAAAGACUUGAAAAACGUAAGCAUGAAAUUGAAAGAAUAAAAGAGGAAGCUAGAGCGGAAGCUGCUAAUACAAUUGAUUAUAGACAAAUAGAAAUCGAUUCAAUGAACCAAGUGUUAGCAUUAAAUGAUCUCCAAUUACAUGAAAUCAGACCUGAUGGUCAUUGUUUGUUUGCUUCAAUCCAGGAUCAACUUUUGAUACGACACCAAGAAGAAAAAUCAGUGCAAGAAUUGAGAGAAUUAGCUGCCGAUUAUAUUUCUAAACAUAGAGAUGAUUUCAUACCGUUUUUAUUCGAUGAAAAGACAAUGGAGUUGCGUGAUAUGGACUCAUAUCUCGAAGAGCUUACCACUACGGCUAUGUGGGGCUCUGAUAUGGAAAUACUUGCUCUUGGUAAGUCGUUUGAUUGUCCAAUCAGUAUAUAUAUAGCAGGAGCAGCAACUAUGACCAUCAAUGAAGAUGGGGCUGAGCCAAAAUUAAGGUUAGGAUACUACAAACAUACUUACGGAUUAGGUGAACAUUACAAUUCGUUAAGAGAUAUUGUGGUUGAUGAACAAGAAAUUGAAGACGAAGAUGCUAAUUGAUAGAUUCCAUAUAUAGAUUAUAGAAGCUCUAAUUUUCAAUAGGGAGACAAAUUUCUUGCGACUUUUUUUGAAUCACGUGAAUUUCUCAAGAAUUAUACUGCGCUUAGCACCAUGCGAGACAUUUCUUUUUUUGACUAAAAUAAUUGGCUCUCCGCAUUUUGAUCUCGUAAAUUUAUAUAGUAAAGUAGUCACCGGAAAAAUGUUAAAAUAAGAUAUCACAAAUCCGUAUUAGGAAAUUUUUACGAGGUGCAUAUAAUUCCUAAUUGUUAAUUAUAAACUGAUGAUAAAUUAAUAUGGCUCGUAGGU